AUGGCUUCUCCGACCGUCCUGGCGACGGUCAUUCUGCUCGCCCUGCUGCUCUAUCACUAUGUAAUCCAGCCCUACUUCCUCUCGCCCUUGGCCAAGAUCCCCAACGCGCAUUUCACCUCGCCUCUCACUUCCGCCUGGAUUGAACGCCGACGCAACGCAGGCAAAGAGGUGCUCACGAUCUACAACGCCCAUCGCAAGCAUGGCUCGGUGGUGCGACUCGGCCCCGACGAGCUGAGCGUCAACUCCCUGAGCGGAUUGCGCACGAUCUACACGGGCGCAUACGAAAAGCAUCAAUGGUACAACGAUCUGUUCGUCAAUUUCCAUACCGACAACAUGGUGGGCAUGGUGCACAACGAGCCUCAUGCCCGCCAGAAGCGCAUGCUCAGCAAGAUAUUCUCCAAGUCAUUUCUCCAGGAUUCCGUCGAUCUCCGCGACAUCUCGCGUAUCGUGCUGUCGCAGCGUCUCUUACCCAUCUUACGACGCGUCGCGACCGACAGAGAGACCAUCAACGUCCUGCCCUUGUUUCAGGCUGUCGGCAUGGAUUUCACCUCGGCGUUCUUGUUCGGCACCCGCAACGCCACGACGUAUAUUCUUCAGCUGCCCGAAUGGCAGCAGUGGUUGGACGAGUACGAGCAGUUCAAGGUGAUGAGCCGUGACGAUCGCUGCGACGGGUUCAUCGAGUCGUGGUGUCUGUCGCUGUGUCGUCGGAUGGAGAAGAACGAGCGCCCGAACGACGUCCCCGUCGCCACGAGCCCCGUCGUCUAUGACCAGCUGCGCGACAGCCUCGAGAAGGACCCCGAUGAUCGACCGCGCGAGCUGGCCAUCGCUUCCGAGCUGCUGGACCAUCUCGUGGCCGGUCACGAGACCACCGGCAUCUCUUUCACCUAUAUGAUGUGGGAGCUGUCGCAGCAUCCGGAUCUCCAGACCGAGCUGCGUCGGGAACUGCUGACCUUGAGUCCGCAGUUCAAAUUCCCAGCCGCCUCUGAGAAGACGGACACUCUUCUGGAGAUCCCGACCCCGUCCUCCAUCGACUCUCUUCCGCUGCUGGAUGCUAUCCUUCGCGAGACCCUCCGCGUGCAUUCUCCCACCCCCGCUCCCUUACCGCGUGCGACGCCCCAUACCAAGGACGGAGUGUCUCUCGAUGGAUAUAAUAACAUCCCCGGUGGGAUCCGGAUCAGUUCCUCCUCGUACAGCCUGCACCGCAUUGAGGAGGUGUAUCCGGAAUCGGAGAAGUGGCAGCCCCGGCGAUGGUUGGAGCCUGGACAGGGAAAGAUACACGACAUGCGACGGUUGUUCUGGCCGUUUGGUAGCGGAGGGCGCAUGUGUCUGGGAAGUAAUUUUGCUUUGCAGGAGAUUAAAAUGGUGAUGGCCGCGGUGUAUACGAAUUAUACGACGGAGAUCGUCGACGACGAGGGCAUUGAGCAGGAUCUUGCUUUUAUUUCUUUGCCUGUGGGACGCAAAUUGAUGUUGAAGUUCACGCCCGUGGAGGGCUGA